AUAACGAACUUUUUUAACACACCUUCCAGGCUUCCACAUUGCCACAUUCCACCCACUGUCCCCACAUACAUUGUGCAAUAAAAUUAGUACAGUAUAAUGGAUUUAUUAAUGGAAUGAACUCAACUUCUAUUUGCAAUUUAACUUAGUUUCAAGCAUAAACACUACCCAAAAUGGCAUCUAUGAAAUUUCCAACAAAAUGUCUUCUUUUCUUUCCCCUCAUUCUAACAAUAUUAGCAUCACUCCAGAAUUAUUCAUCUCAAGCUCAAACUCCUACAUUAAAUCCUUAUGAUUUUCUCCACAUUAUUCCAAAUCCAGAUGGGUCAAUAACCCGACCCAAAGAAUUCUUCCCUACAGUCCCACCCAACACUUCAUCACCACUCACAUUCUCCAAAGAUGUCCCUCUAAACCCGAAUAAAAAACCAUGGGUUCGGGUCUACUUACCCAAAUACUCCAAACCCGUCAAUGAUCUCCCCAUUGUGGUAUUCGCACAUGGUGGUGGAUUCGUCGUGCAGAGCACAGCGAGUCCACCACUCGACUCGUUUUUAUCCAACACGGCGAGUCAACUCGCCGCGUUGGUUGUCUCGGUCGAGUUUCGACUCGCACCCGAACAUCGCCUCCCAGCCGCAUACGACGACGUUUUGGAGGCGUUGUUUUGGGUGAAAGAAAAAAAAGAUGAGUGGGUGAGUAAAUACGGUGACGUUUCGAGGUGUGUUAUUAUGGGGGAGAGUUCAGGGGGUAAUAUUGUGUACAAUGUUGGAUUACGUGCGUCUGAUUUAGUCCGUGAAUUAGAGCCGUUGAUUAUUAGAGGUUUGGUUUUAAUUCAACCGUUUUUUGGUGGAGUUAAUCCAAUUACGACGGGUGUAGCUGGUAAUUUAGAAAUAGUGUUUGAUUUGUUGUGGAAUUUGUCUUUACCACUCGGAGCUCCUUUGAAUAAUCCGUAUUUUAACCCGAUGUUCGGUGGCGGGUCAAGUAAUUUGGAGAAAAUUAAAAAUUUGGGUUGGCGGGUUGCAUUUGCGGGUUGUGAUGGUGACUUUAUGAUUGAUAGACAAGUGGAGGUGUUCAAAUUUUUUAAGAAACGAAAGUUGGAUGUUGUUGGUGAUUUUUGUAAAGGAUAUUAUCAUGGUGUUUUUAUUGGAGAUCCUACUCAAGCUCAAAAACUUUAUGAUUUUGUAAGAAAUGUAUUUUCUUCCUAUAUGAGAUAUUGAGUGUUUGUUACGUGACUAUGUAAGUGAGUGAGUCUAUAUAUAAGCUUAUCUUAUCUAUAGACUAUUAGUGGAGUCAUAUAUUGAGUAUCUAGAUUAUAGACAUUGAGAAUUAGCUUCAAGCUUUCAUGAUAGCUAAAGUUUUAUAUACUAGCUAUAAUAUUGUUGUUUUUAA